UGCAUUGAUACCGUGGUUGCAUUGGCUGCAGUGUGCAGGACCGCAUUGGUGCUUUUUUCCCCCUCAUUCAGGUCCCAAACUACACGGAGAAUUGGAAUAUUACGUUACAGUCCCGCUGAAAAAUGGCGACUGUAAUUCAGAACCCCUUGAAAUCGCUGGGUGACCAGUUCUACAGGGAUGCCAUCGAGCACUGCCGCAGCUAUAACGCCCGUCUGUGUGCCGAGCGCAGCGUGCGCAUGCCCUUCCUGGACUCGCAAACGGGCGUGGCCCAGAACAACUGCUACAUCUGGAUGGAAAAGUGCCAGCGGCAGCCAGGGAAGGCGGCGGGACAGAUGUAUGCCUACCCUGCACGUUGCUGGAGAAAGAAGAGGAGACUCCACCCACCCCUCGACCCACAGCUUCGCCUGUGUGAGCUAAGACUAGAGGCUGAAAUGGCCCCCAAGCGUGAGGGCCCCCCUGGGGAGGCCACUGCCUUGGAGGCCCUACUGAGGGCGGACAACCUCCUGGAGAAAAAAAACAAUUUGGCAAAGGAAGAGGAGACCAUGCUGGAAAUACAGCGGGUUCUAGAGGCAGAGGAAAAUGGGGACAGCUGUCAAAAUGAUGAAGACUUUGAAGUGGAUACUCCCAAGAGGAAGAACAGAAACAGAGGAAAAAACAGAGGUUCCAGUCGUAAGAAGACAGAAGCGGCGAGCGCGGACGACCAGGACAAACCUUACGUUUGCGACAAUAGACACAAACAAAAGCAUAACUCAAAAAAGGCUGAAGAAGUCUGUGGAAAGCGCUACAAGAAUCGUCCUGGCCUGAGCUACCACUACACUCACACCCACCUGGCCGAGGAGGAGGGCGAGGAGGAGCGAGUUAGUGAUCCUGCACCAUCUCCUCCACCACGCAUUUCUGAGAACCACAAACCUCAGAAGGGUCCAGACGGUGUCAUCAUUCCCAACGAUUACUGUGACUUCUGCCUUGGAGACCAGGACUCCAACAGGAAAACGGGCCAAGCAGAAGAGUUGGUGUCUUGCUCUGACUGUGGACGUUCUGGUCACCCGACAUGUCUGCAGUUCACAGACAACAUGAUGCACGCCGUGAGGACGUACCAGUGGCAGUGCAUUGAGUGCAAGUCAUGCAGCCUCUGCGGCACCUCAGAAAACGACGACCAGCUGCUGUUCUGUGAUGACUGCGACAGAGGCUACCACAUGUACUGCCUGAAGCCGCCCAUGACACAGCCCCCUGAUGGAAGCUGGAGUUGCCACGUGUGUCUGGACUUGCUGAAGGACAAGGCCUCAUCCUUUGGAGAAGCAUAACAACCGGGCACUUAGAUUGUGGUCGUCUACACUCACGCAUUUCUGCUAGUUACUGUAAAUGCUCUUAUUAUAGCCGGGACGUUUAUUUACCUAAACCACAAAAAAGGAAGCACGGCGUUAUAUUAUAGAAAGGAAUGUGAAAAGUCAUUAUAUUAUCCAUCCAUCCAUUUCCUUCCGCUUGUCCCUUUUGGGGUGGCGGGGGGUGGGGGUGCUGGAGCCUAUCUCAGCUGCAUUCGAGCGGAAGGCGGGGUAUACCCUGGACAAAUCGCCACCUCAUCGCAGGGCCAACACAGAUAGACAGACAACAUUCACACUCACAUUCACACACUAAGGCCAGUUUAGUGUUGCCAUCAACCUAUCCCCAGGUGCAUGUCUUUGAAAGUAGGAUGAAACCGGAGUACCUGGAGGGAACCCAAGCAGUCACGGGGAGAACAUGCAAACUCCACACAGAAAGAACCCGAGCCUGGGAUUGAACUCAGGAGUACUCAGGACCUUCAUAUUGUGAGGCUCAUGCACUAUCCCCUGUUCCACCGUGCUGUCCGUCAAUAUAUUAUAUUAUUAUAAAAUUUAGGGGUGUCCCGAUCCAAUAUUUGUAUUGGAAAUUGGUCUGAUACCAAAAGAAAAACAAGAUUUGGAAGAUACUGUAUGUUCUUGCAUGUAAAAUGUGUAAUUUAAUGUCCGAUUCAAGCAGUCCCGCAGUGUUGUUUACUUGUGCGAAGCAGGACAGCCAGUUAACAUCUAAAUGUCCUCUAUUAAGCACACAAAGUUGGUGUUUUCUUGUAUUUUAGUCAAGUCAUUUACAAAAGGUAAACAUGGUAGGCUAUAGGCCAGGUAUGUCGCCGACUAGUAUUGGCUGCUUUUCUUGAAAAAGUAAGUGAUCGCCACACCUUUCAAUGCCGAUCACAAAUGCUGACAAGCCAACAGCUAAUUGUAUAUCUCCAUACACGGUGUGGAUCCGAGAAGUACAUGCUACUUUGUAUUAGAAAUGGCAACAGCGGAGGAUGCAUGUGCACGUACGAGCCAGUCUGCCCCACAACAAGAGGAUACGGAAAAAGAAGGAACUUAUUGACUGAAAUGUCAGACUACAAUGGCGGACUCGCGCAAAGCACUUUCGGUAAAACUUUACCUUAUAUGGAGCUUUCCGCUGACAUCACCAAUUGUAAAACAUCGCAAAUUGGCCAAAUGCCUAACGGUUUGUUUGGAGGAAGAAUGAAGAUUGUUGUAUAAAUAUCGCCGCCAGCGUUUGUUUUCAUAUUUUCUAAACUUAUGCAGAUCCCAAAUACAAAAAAACAGGUACCAAUAGGUAAGAAAAGUUGGUUUCGCAUAAUAGGUCCUCUAAGUGUCAUAAUUAAGUAUUAGGAUGAGGCUAAACAUGUUACACACCUAGAGCAAACCAGGAUCAGGCAUGCUAUAACUAAGCUAACCGCUAACCUAGCUUUAAACAACACCUAUAAAUAAUUGCUCAGUAAAGUUGAAGAAUUGUAAAUGGAACAAUGUUAUAGCGGAAAGUAAGAAGUUAUUAACAGGUAAUUGAGAAGUAGAUCAAUAAGAGUACAGAGAGACGAUAAUAUAACAACAGCAUUGUCACAGCUAGAAGUACACGUAAGAAGAGGAGGGCAAAUUGAUCCAUUAAAUCAUCAAGUGUAAUAUCAGUAUUAGAUCGAUACUAGUAUUAUUAGAUUGAUAUCUUUAUUUUCCGAUAAUAAUUUUUUUAUUGUUUUGGUCAUCUUUACAAAUUUCAGAUGAUUCAUGCCUGCCUGGACACUGGAAGAAUUUGAUGGCAAAAAAUAUUUCCAAGAGUAACUGAUAAGAGGUAUUGAUUUUGUCCAUUUAUGGUGUACGAUUGACUUUGUCUUGCUCAAACAGUUGUAUCUAAUACAAGAGAAUAAGGAAUCAAUCAAUCAAUCAAUCAAUGUUUAUUUAUAUAGCCCUAAAUCACAAAUGUCUCAAAGGCCUGUACAAACCACUACGACUACGACAUCCUCGGAAGAACCCACAUAAGGGCAAGGAAAACUCACACCCAGUGGGACGCCAGUGACAAUGAUUACUAUGAGAAAACCUUGGAGAGGACCUCAAAUGUGGGCACCCCCCCCCCCACCCCCCGUUUAAGGAAGUAGUUUUAAUAUUAUGUUGAUAUUGUUACACUACUAAUAGUUUUCAAAUUCACAGUUAAGACAUUUCAUCAGUAUUGUUAUCAGCCAAUGUCACUCAUGGAUGAUCGGUGUCAGAAAACACUGAUCUGAACUUCCCUACUAUAGGCUACUAGGAGCUAGCAGCUACACAACAGCUGAGCACAAAAUAGCACACAAGCUUAAUAUAUGUAAUAUGUGUCCUUAAUUGAACAAUUUGCAGUCUAAAACAGCACAUUUGUCGAUAUAAACAAGUAAAACAUCCUUAUAGUUGCAUAUUGCUUACACAUACAAAGUAUCCAAGGCAAAAGCCUAUUAGAAAUUACCCAGUAACAAACGUGUCCGCACCCUUCAACACACUGCAUCAUAAGCUUAACUUUAUGUACUAUAGCCAGUAGGUGUUGCUAAAAAAAGGGAAAUUACAACUCAGCCUCAAAUUAAAGACAGCAUAAGUCCGUCAUAGUUUUAGUGCUUUUCAUACCGACCUUUAUUCUCUGAGUAAUUUCACUUGAUCAAGCUUUUUCUUUUACUUUUUAAUAAAUUUAUGUAUGAUUUGUACGGAUGUCGUAUCAAAUUAAUAUCGUAUCGGCCAGAACUCAAGGUUCCAAAAUCAGUAUCGUAUCGGAAAUGAAAAAGUUGUAUUGGGACACCCCUAAAAAUAUAUGAUCUGUAUGUAACUUUAAUAUAUUUAUUUGGAGUGCAUAACAAAGUGGAGAGGAAACUUGCAUUUCUCUUUGACCACAUGCUCAUGUACGAACAAGUGUAAUGUACGACACGACAGCAACACAACCGAUGUAAUCUGAGUAGGCAUUAAUAGUGCUGAUGAGUGGAUUUAUCCACAACAUUAGCCACAAGUGUAACACUUAACAACACUAAUUUAACAGCGCUUGCGGCACUAGAUAAAGCUCUUUGGAUCGUGUGGACUAUGUAAAAUAGUUACCACAAAGAGGUUGCCUACAGCCACAGCUGUUAAUGUGUUUGCUCUAUUUAGAGAUGCUUGGUGAUUAUUUGCUUCUGUCAACGACACACAUUGCGACUUUAGUAGUGAAUCUAAUAGAGCUGUUAAUUGGAGCAUUUACAGUACAUUCCUACAUACAUUCUGUUGUAGUUUGUAGUCUGGAUACUUCAGACCAGCGACUAUUCAGGGUUCUGUUUCUACCCGCCAUCUUACUACCUCACCACUCAGAGCAGGCAUCAAAAAUCUUUGCAUUUAGGAAAAAUUGUGCUUAAUGCAAAAGUCAACACAGCCUUGACAAAAAGCUGGUUGUGGUAAUGUUUAAAAACAAAAAAAUCCUAUUAGGCAACCGUGACUUUUUAUUGUUCUAACAGUAAUCAGUCCCUCCGGGAAUUCACAGGCUUUAUUUGUGAAUGUUUGCCUAAAAUGUCUGAAUUCUUUCUGAAAAAGAUGCGACAAAAGUUGCAAUGUUAUAAGACUUUUUUUGUUUUGUUUUUAAAACUUUGGAUUUUAUGAAUUUGGUAUCAUUGUUUUAAGUGUUCCUGUAAACUUAACCUCUAAAAGUCCAGGAUUUCAACUAAAACUUGAAAACAAAUACUCUAUUGAUGUUUUUCUCAUAUACCAGACGGACUAAAAAGUGGUCACUAAAUGACAGUGAAAGCCCAUUGUCAGAGCUCUUUGUCAAAUUACAGCACUGUUUUAAUUCAGUAUAACUAAUAAUAGUAAUAAUUAUAAUUACAGGAAGAAACACCACCAAAGGCUUCCUCAUUGCCCACACUCUGCUCUGUUUGCCACAUGUUGCAGACAUUCUCUGCGGAUGUUUUACGCUUGAAAAGUGUGCAUCUCAAACAUUCAUUGAAGUCCCAUCACAUUUACCCCCGGACAUUGAGAUCAUUUGUGUUUAGAGCGAUAGAGCAAAUUGUUGCUGGUAAAUUAGAGACGAUGAGAGAUUAUUAUCACACUUCAACAUCUCAAAAAUGUAAAUGCUUCCUCUUUGCUAGGUCAAAACUCACUUGUUCUUAAUUGCCUUACCCUGGAUAAAUAAAUGUUUACAUAUAUAAAUACAUGUAAAGUAGGAAGUAAAUGUGUAUGUAAUGCAUUACCCAGAAGGUUUAGCACUGUAGACAGGAACAUGAAGUCGGUCAGAGCUUGAUAUAUUGUUACACGUUUUGUCUACACAAGAAGCAAAUAUAAGUGUUGAUUAGACAGUUGACAUGUGCGUUCGAGCGUGGUUCAGAGACAAAUUUGAUUGGUGAAAAUGGCGCUGAUUGGCCAAAAUGUGCAGGAAGGUGUGGGCAUUGGCCGCGCAACUUUUAAUAAUUGGCGCCAUCGCAAAAUCCUGGAGGGACUGAUUAAUGAAUGAAUCCAUGUCUCCGUUUACACUGGACACCAAAUCAGAUUUUUUUGCCCUUAAGUCACACAGAUCGCAUCAUUUUUGCCAGUCUCAAUGAUCCACAGUGCUUGAAAGCUGAUAUUUUCGCUUCAGACCUGGGCUACAUUAGAAGGUAAUUAGAAUCCGUAUGCAAUCUGAUCUUUUCAAUUGUGACUGCGAUCUAAACGGCAAUGCGACCUGUUUGCGACUUUUAUGUCGUCCAUGGUCGAGCUACGUCAUUUGUGUGUGCAGGAAUGCAAUUCGCAAUCCUCUUCUUUCUUCAUCUUGUAGUUUUCCACCAUCUGCCUAGUUCCACGGCACAAACCCACUAGCACCCUGAAAUAUGGCGUCCAUGUUUUCUUGUGUCAUAGCAACCUCCUUGCUCAUUUACAUAAUCCAGUCGACAUUCAUCGUUUUCACUAUAAAUGCACAUGCAAGUGGCGUUGAGGCCACAAUGGGGCCUAAGCGCGUUAAUACUGGAGUCUGACAAAAAAAAAUCAGACUUCGAAAAAAACCUGAUCUGGUUCACUUUGGCCUGCAGAGUAAACGUAGUCCAUGACUUCAUGAAUGGAAAAAUUCCUUCCAUGAGCUUCGCUACACAUCCUAAAAUAAACUUUUAGAGCUCUGCUGACUGUCCAUCAGUCAGCUUCAGACCUGGGAAGUGUGUUUUGAUGUUUUAUUAAUAAAAGCCUGCGAUAUGAACAAGGUUGUGUUGACGUUCUAUCGACAGUCUAAUGGCUGUGUGUGUUUAAAAAAAAAAAGUGUCCUCUCAUGUUUACACUUCACUGUGACAAAUUCCAGAGUUAUUCCAGAGUUAUCUGUGACAUUUUUAGCUUGUGUCAGUAAAACCAACAUUUUUUUCCUUCCUUCCUCCUUCAGACUGUUGGAUACUUCUGAUCACGUGUCCUUGCUGUUACUUAUUUCAGUUUCUUUUUUUUUGUAUUCCAGACAAUCGUGCUUUGUGUGUGUGUGUGCGUGCGAGCGUGCGCCUGUGUGUGCGUGCGUGUGCGUGUGUGUGUGUGUGUGUGUGUGUCUAUAUCAUAUUUUCAUGGCAACUAAAGUGUCAUUUGAUGCUAGCAGCAUGUACUAUUUGUUACACAACUGUUUGUUAUUAGUUUUGUUGUAAUAAAGAUUUUUGCAAACAAAAA